GUAUUAAGGAUUUAGGUAAUUUAAAAGAAUUAUUAGCAGGAUGGAAACUUUCUGAAAUACUAACUUUCUUAGAUAACCGAAAGCAAGUAAUUCAAUACUUAAACAUUGAAUUAACAACAAAAGGAGUAGAAUUAUCAAAC